AGAUGGCGGCGCCCGGCGCGGCGGGGCUGGGCCGGCGGCUGCGGGCCUGGCUGCCCCGGAUAAUGCCCGUGAGAUGGAGCCGCUACAACCCCAGCUACCUGGAGCCAGAAGUGAAAAAGGAAUUGCAUGAGAAGCCUUUAGAGGAGCUGACUGAGGAGGAAAGGGAACAAAUGGAGCUUAAGGCGGUUCGACCCAUCAAAGCUGCUCCUCCCAGCCUCUCCAGUUCCGUGUUCAGCGACCCCAUGAUCAGUAAAUUCACCAAUAUGAUGAUGAAGAGUGGAAAUAAAGUGCUGGCCAGAAGCCUCAUGUCUCAGACUCUGGAAGCCAUUAAAAGGAAGCAGCUGGAGAAGUACCACAAAGCUCCAGAAAAUGAGAAGGAGACAAUUGAAUGCAACCCCUACGUCAUUUUCCACCAGGCUCUCAAGAACUGCCAGCCCAUCAUCGGCCUCAGCAACAUCACCAGAGGAGGCAAAACCUACCAGGUGCCCGUCCCGCUGACGGACAAUCGGAAGCGCUUCCUGGCCAUGAAGUGGUUGAUCACAGAGUGCAGGGAGAACAAGCACCGCCGCACGCUGAUGCCAGAAAAGCUCUCCCAGGAGCUGCUGCUGGCCUUCAACAACGAGGGGCCUGUCAUCAAGAGGAAGCAUGUCCUGCACAAGAUGGCAGAGGCCAACCGGGCGUACGCCCACUUCCGCUGGUGGUAGGGACCCCGCACGGGACACGCUGCCACGGCCUGCAGAGCACAGCCCCAGGGCUGCCAGCCUGGGAGAGGGCAAGGUGGGAUAUCCCUUGCAGGCAGCUUCUGUUCUAACCCAGGGAAAGCUGACACGAUCCCCACGAGGUUUUCUUUGUGCUUGUUUGGAUGGGGGAAUGUGAGUUAGCAGCGUCAGCGAGGCUGCUCCAGUUAGUUCAUAACUGCUUCCCUGUGAAGACAAGCCUUAGAUGUUUUUCUUACAGCAACGCUAACGAAACCAUCUUUCACUUACCUGUUUCCUGGGGAUCUGAAAGUCUCUCCUCCUCAAAUCAGCAAUGUUUUUGGAUGCAGAGCUAAAGCAGAGCUGGAUCCUUUAACACAUGGAUUGGUACAACAGGCAGUAAAAGGCCCUUUUUGAUUUUGGCCAUCAGCAACGUGGCCUGCACAGAUUUGAUGGGAAUGUUGACAAAAUAAAACCACUUUUAUGGGAAAGGUUUCCCAAUUCCAGA